GGGCUGGCGGGGCGGCCCGUGGCUGAACCGCGGCAAGGACGGCGGGCAGGCUGGAGCUCGUCAGGGGCAGAGCGGAGCCAUGGAGCUGCGCCGGACGGUCCAGAUCUGCCGUUUCCAUCAGCUUGUGCUGCAAUGCAAGAAGGACCCCUGGCUACUGUCGGCCCCCCGUUGCAGGCAUCGCUCGGGUGCCCAGCUCUCCAGCUCCGCAACGCCACGGAGGCUGCUGAAGAGGAUGUUCCUAGGGGUGGCGCUGGGGCUCCCCCUGGCCGCCGGGGUCCGCUAUGCCCUGGCUGAGAAGCAGGAGCGCCGGAAGAUGAGGCUGCUGGGGGACGGCAUGGGCCGCUUUGCCAGGUCGCUGGGGCUGGGAAUACAGAUCUCCCUGGAUUACUGGUGGACGGACCACGUCACGCUGAGAGGCCUGGAUGAGAACAGCCUGGAGUAUAAGGACCUCGUGUCAAAGUGCCACCAGCGGGCAGCGGACACCAUCGUAGACGGCGCCAUCCGGAACGGGGGUCUCUACGUCAAGCUGGGCCAAGGCCUGUGUGCCUUCAACCACCUGCUCCCUCCCGAGUACGUCCGAACGCUGCGGGUGCUGGAGGAUCAGGCGCUCAAGCGCGGCUACAACGAGGUGGACGAGCUCUUCUUGGAAGACUUCAAUGCCAGGCCCGACCAGCUCUUCCCGGAGUUCGACUACCAGCCGAUAGCUGCUGCCAGUUUGGCCCAGGUACACCGAGCCCGGCUGCAAGACGGCACUGAGGUAGCUGUGAAGGUCCAAUACAUUGAUUUGCGGGACCGGUUCAAUGCGGACAUCUGGACCCUGGAAUUGCUGCUGCAGAUCGUAGAGAUGAUGCACCCCAGUUUUGGGUUCAGUUGGGUCUUGAAGGACUUGAAGGGGACCCUCGCCCAGGAACUGGACUUUGAGAUCGAGGGACACAAUGGGGAACGCUGCGCCCGUGAACUGGAGCAUUUUGACUUUGUGGUGGUUCCUCGCGUGCACUGGGACAAGAGCAGUAAGCGGGUCCUGACAGCUGAUUUCUACGAAGGCUGCAAAAUUAAUGACGUGGAAGGGAUCCAGAGGCAAGGCCUACACUCCAAGGAUGCAGCGUGCAAGUUAAUCCAGAUGUUCGCGGAGCAGAUCUUCUUCACGGGGUUCAUCCACGCAGAUCCUCACCCGGGGAACGUUCUGGUGCGAAAGGGCCCAGACGGGAAGGCCCAGCUUAUCCUCCUCGACCACGGCCUCUACGAGAUCCUCCACGAAAGAGACCGCGAAGCCCUGUGCAAGCUCUGGCGAGGCAUCGUCUUGAGGGAUGACGCGGCCAUGCAGACGUACUCCAAACAGCUGGGUGUGAAAGCUGAGGACUACUUCCUGUUCUGCGAGAUCCUGCUGCAGCGGCCCAUCAACAUGGCCCAGCUGGCCCUGGCCAACAUGUUGACGCGGGAAGAGACGGCCUACAUGCAGGAGAUGGCCAAGAACCAGUUCGACCGCAUCAUGCAGGUGUUGAAGGACCUCCCGCGCUCCAUGCUGCUCGUCUUCCGCAACAUCAACACCGUCCGGGGCAUCAACGUGGCUCUGGGCGCCCCUGUGGAUCGCUACUACAUCAUGGCCAAAAGUGCCGUGAAGUGCUGGAGUCGAACCCUCGCCCAGAAGCAGCUGGGCCUCAGCCGAAUCCUCUUCCGCUGGAUCAGCACGGUCUGGGCAAGCCUCAAGUUUGAGUUUGUGCUCAGGCUGCAGGUAGCCUCCAUGAGGCUAACUACCUCGUUACUGCGUUUCCUGGUUUUUGUGGGAUUCCUGGACGAGACCGAGGAGCAGCAGCAGAUCUACGAGUACCUGCAGGCCUAGGCUGGCCGGAGCCCACCUGGAUCAGUCCCUCGCAAGCUGGAUGACUGAGGCUGCCUGGAGGGUGGGGGCCGGCUUUGCUGUUCAGAAUGGCAAAAGGACGGUCUACUGUAAUAAUAAAAUCCUAGUAUUUUAUUGGCA